AUGGAGAGAGAUUUGGAGGAAGGAAAAGAGAAAAAAUGGGAAACUAUUUCAAGGCUAAGGAAGCCUUAUCUGGCAGCCUUGGAAGAACAGUGGGACGUCAUGAAAAGCUUCUUCGAGGAAAAUCGCGCGCAACUCUGUUCUCACAUGACAGUAGAAGAGGACACUGCGUUUCAUAUUGCAGCAUAUAGUGAAGGAAAGGAACCGCUUCAACAUUUGGUUAAGUUACUACCAGCCUCCUCUAGUUUGUUCGAAGCCUUAAACAAGAAGAACAAACAUGGUAAUAAUACUUUUCACGAGGUGGCCGAGACUGACGGAGUUGAAACAGCAGAAUUCUUGGUUAAGAAACUCCAAGAGAUUUAUUAACCAGACGAAGGCAAACUAGAAGAUCUUCUCAAGGAUGUAAACAAUCUGGGUGAAACCCCGAUAUAAAGGGCCGUUGCCCACGGUCAGACAAAAAUGGUCGAAUAUUUGGCUACUAAAGUUGGGGAUUUAAGUUCUCACUUUCGAAGAAAAGGCGAUAUGCCGAUUCUCCAUAUUGCGGUCAUAGGCCAACACUUUGACACCGCUAUAUGGCUACUGAGAAAGGACAAGGAACUUGCAAAAGAAGGGAAAGUAAACGAACUUGGAAAAAAGAAGGAACAAAAUGGCCUGACAUGUCUUCACCUGCUAGCGAAAAUGCCACAUGUUUUCAGAAGUUAUUCCGAAUUUUCCCACAUGGGCAAACUGAAGAAAUUCCUCUAUUAUUGCCUUCCUAGUCACUUCGAGGAUGAUGACGUUUCUGAUGAUGGUAAUGAAGCUCAAAUACCGUCAAGUGAUCAAAUAAACACUUUCUUUGUAUUCCUUCAUUUGUAUGCUAUUAUGCUUCUAACCAAGUAUUUUAUUCAAAGUGCAGCAAUUUUAAUUAAAAGAUACAGAGCUAUGUGGAGGGCCAUAGCUAAAGGAUGGCCGGCUAUCGAUAAACUCUGGAAGGUGAAGAGAAUGCAUUCAUCAGCUUCAGAACUCACCGAGUUGCUAGUAGAGGCAGAUUAUACGUGGAAGGAUUUUCCUUGUGAAUUAAAUGAAGACAAGACGAUUUCCUUAGUGAAAGAUAGAGGCGAACAAGGUCAAACAUUUGGCACAAAGGAAGUGGGAGGAGAAGGCACAUCCAAGCAACAACCUAGUGAAAGAAAUCAUCAGAAAUCUUACCACCACCCAUUGCUUGAAGCAGCCAGCAAUGGCAUAGUAGAAAUAUUUGACAAGAUGAUUGAAUCGUAUCCACAGGUAAUUGAGUACAUCAGUAACGAUGAGGAAAACAUAUUGCAUGUGGCCAUUGGCCACCAUCAGUGGGAUAUAUAUUGA